UGGCCUGGAGACAGGUCUGGUUGACCUCUCUGUGUCUUAGACAGGUAACUAUUGCUUCUGGACUGGCUAGCGGCCUCUGGGGGGCAAGUCGACAUUAAGGUGCUGGUAUCACAAAGCAGAAGCACCUUUCUUCACUUUUGCUCCUUUCUCUCUAGAAGUGGGAACCAAGAAACCUAGGAACCAAAAAGGAGUUGGGUAAGUUGGGGUGGGAGGGACUCUAAACUCAUCACUCCUGUAUGCCUUCAGUUGCCAUUUAACAAUCCUCCCUCUGUCCCUGCAGCAGGCAAAAACCUCUCUUUUCCUUCCUUCCUUCCUUCCUUCCUUCCUUCCUUCCUUCCUUCCUUCCUUCCUACCUUCCUUCCUUCCUUCCUUCCUUUCUUUCUUUCUUUCUUUCUUUCCAGGGUUUCUCUGUGUAGCCUUGGGUGUCCUAGACUCAAUUUGUAGACCAGGCUGGCCUUGAGCUCACAGAGAUCCACCUGCCUCUGCCUCCCAGGGUGCUGGGAUUACAGGCUUGUGCCACCCUGCCCGGCUUACCUCAUCUUUCUUAUCUGUGAAAUGAAGACACGAAUGACACCAGCUCAGAGGCCCAUGUGAGGAUGACAUGAGUUAAGCCAUUACUAUUACGGUUUUCAUAGUUGUAACUGUUAUUAAAAGUAAAAGCAGUAAAAGGAAUGAGGAUUAAGGGGAGCUUGCUUCCUUAACUCACUCAGCUUCCAACUGGCCUGACUGGCCUGCAGCCUUGCAGGGGGUCUAGGUAACGAAGGCUGAGCCUCCUAAUGUUGUGAAAGGAAUGAAGUUCCAUCUCUGGUGAGGAGUCCAUGUCUUCAGUGAGGACUCAGGAGAGAUAGGUCCCCUGAUCUUCAGUGGUGAUGAUUCCGAGGAGCAUCUGCCCGUCAGGAAGGCAGAGGAGAGGCUGCCUCUGUUGGGAAGGGAGAGACAUUUUUGUAGGUCUUCGGAGGGAAAGAAGUGUCGAAGUUUAGCUGCAGGUGACUGGUGACGAAGCUUCACCCGUACUGAAGCUUCACCCGUACUGGUGCUGGGAGCUUUCCCAGUCAGAGCAGAACUCGGUGAAUUGCAGAGGCCUCCUGUAAAGAAGGACAUCGUGCUGCAAGGAACCCAGCUGCCAAGGGGAGGGAUUGCAUUCCCUUACAGCAGCUCCUUUGGCACUUUUGGAGCCUCCCAUGGUGCCUGAUAUGCAGCUGGUGAUCAGAAAACAUUCAUUUUAGUGAGAAGGCUGGCGUGACAGCAUAUAAGGAAGAGCUUCUCAGGCAGGAUUGACAGCGGAGAGGUGCUAAGCCAGUCAAGGUCUGUGCAUCAUCAGGGCUGCAAGUAGCCAAAGCCAGGGGCCAGAAUGCCCAGGAUAUAGAGAGUUUGGAGGUGUUAGGACUUCACAGGGCUCAAGGGGGAGAUAGAAGGGGUGGAAGCAGAUGCAUGGGUGUGUGUGUGUGACAUGUAUCCUGGGGGUUACAAUAAGUUCCAGACUUCCAGUGGCUACUAUUGCCAGGCUAUGAGGUGAGCUCUCAGUGAGCAUGUGUUUUGGGCUUACCUCAUUUCCGCCUCUCUGUAGGCCCCAUCUUUUUUUUCUUCUUCUUUCUCUUUUUUUUUUCUCCUUUUUUUGCUUCCAUUUUUAAUUUUUGCUGAUCAUGCUGAACUGAGCGUAUGGCUGGGAGUGACCUUGGACCUUUAUGGCAGAAGGAGGGGCAUAAACAAACACACAUUUAGAUAGUGCUUUGUCAUCUACAGGUGCUUCUCACUCCAUCCCCAUUAAUUGCCAGAGAGAGCUUUUUUCUCCUUCUACCUUCAGUAAGUUCAAAUCAGAAUCAUCAGACUGGACUAUAGUUGAGUAACAGAGAACCUGCUUAGAAUGUCCAAAGUCCUGGGCCUCAACAAUCCCCUGGACCAGGGAGAUGACUUGGUUUGUAGUGUACUUCCUUGCAUCACGAGAGCAAAGCUAGGCCCUCGUACCAAUGUGAAAAACAGGGCAUAGUGGCUUACAUUAAUAAUCUGUGCCUUCAGGGCUGGAGAUAGGUCGAUCCCUGCGGCUCAUUGGUCAACCAUCCAAGCCUUCUGUGGGUGAGCUCCAGAUCCUAGUGAGAGACCCUUUCCCAAAAUAUAAACAAAGAAAACCAAAUCAAAUCAAAUCAAUCAAAUCAAAUCAAAUCAAAUCAGAGCAAAGCAAAUCAGAGCAAAGCAAAAUGAAACAAAACAGCCCAAACCAGGGGCUGGAGAGAUGGCUCAACAGUUAAGAGCCUUGGCUGCUCUUCCAGAGGUCCUGAGUUCAAUUCCCAGCACCUGCAUUGUGGCUUAAAACUGUCUGUAGUCCCAUGGGAUCUGAAUCCUUCUUCUGGUGGGCAGGUGUACAUGCAAACAAAAUACCCAUACACACACAAAACAACCAACCAAACAAACAAUAGAAAAGCCUAAACCAAAACCAAAGAAACAAAAAAUGAGGUGGGGGCUGGAGAAGUAGCUCAGUGGUUAAGAGCACUUGCUGCUCUUCUAGAAGGUCGGAGUUUGCUUCCCAGCACCCAUGUCAAAUAGCUCACAACUGCUUAUAACUCUAGAUCCAGGGGAAUCGGAUGCUUCUGGCUUUUUUAGGCAUUGAAUGCAUACCUACGCCUCCCCACACCUAUAUGUAAUUAAAAUGAUAAAAAUAAGUCUUAAAAAAAUCCAAGGUAGAUGGCCUGAAUAUGAUGCCCAAGGCUGACAUCUAAUUUCUGUAUGCAUUUCCUCCUAUAUGCAUAGAUGUGUGCACACAAUUACAAAGCUCAUACAAAGGACAUGCUUGCUUCAAAAAAUAUUCAAGCAAUACAGAGCUUGCCGGAAUUCAUUCCUGUGUUCUCCAGUUGUCAUGGUUUUCAGUGGACAUCAACAGAACUAGGACAGGAGGAGCUACAGAACUCAGUGUGUGGACUAUAACAAGUCCAGGCCAACCUAGGUGUAGAGAACUCAUGGAGUCAGGUUGGGAAACAGCUCACUAAUGUGUUCAUACCCACUGCCUGCUGGAAUCAUAUAUUUCAAAAAUAAUUUAUUUAAUUUAAUUCUCUGUGCCUUGGCAUGAAGGUGUCAGAAUACAUGGGACUGGAGUGGUAGACAGUUGUGAGCUGCCAUGUGGCUCCUGGGAUUUGAACCCAGGUCCUUUGGGAGUGCAGCUAGUGCUCUUAACCACUGAGCCAUUUCUCCAGCCCCCAAAAUAAUAUUUUUAAUAUGUUCUAUUAAAUAUAAAUAUUAUUACUUUAAAAUAUAUUUAGUUUGGUAUUCAUUAUGUGUGUAUAUGUCUGUGUGAAUGUACGCCCAUGUGUGUGAGUUCCCAGAGAGGUCAAAAGAGGGCAUUGAAUUCUACGGAGCAAAAGUUGUAGGCAUGAAUGCUGGGGUUGAAUCUAGGCUCUCUCCAAGACUUGUAAGUCCUUUAACCAUUGAACCGUUUCUCCAGCCCCUACCCUUACUUUGUAAUGUGACCAAUAAAAUGUGUCAAGUUGUCAAGUUACAUAAUUGGCUAGUGCUUUUAUGACAAGCCACUGUCCUAGACUCUUUUCCAUAGUUUACGUCCUCUCUCUCUCUCUACACACACACACACACACACACACACACACACACACACACACACGUGCACUUUCUUCACGUGUUGCGCAAGGCCCUGGGCAGAGCCCUCUACCCUAAGCUACGCCCUCAGCCUACAUGUGUAGUUUACAUUAAUGAGGUUGCCUUUCUUCUCUUACAGAUUUUUUUUUUUUAAAUGAGAGCUUACAGAUUAAAAAUAGAUUUUGUUUUUGAGAUGCUGUGUAGGCCAGACCAGCCUCCGAUUCAGCAUCUUCCUGCCUCAGUCUCCUGGUUGCUAAGAUGAUAAUAGGUGUGUAUCUCUACCGACUCAGAAGUGGAUAUUUGGAUGGAUGAAGAUGAUGGGGUAAAUUAAGCCACAUAACGGCCACAACACGCGCAGUGACCAGCACGGCUUUGAGCUCAUGUCCUCAAACUCUGAAUACGAGUUGCUUUAUGUCCCAGGAUUUAUUUUGCUCUAACCAGGUUGUGUGUGUGUGUGUGUGUGUGUGUGUGUGUGAUUGUGUGUGCCUGUACUGGGUAAGGGAAAGAGAAAGGAGCAAGGUAGCACCCCUGCAGGGAGGCAAGCCUUGGCCUCCACAAAUUAAGAAGGCCUGCCCUACUGACUCUCUCCACUUUCCCCCCAGGCCCUUGGCCUUGGCUGGUGCAGGGGUGCAGGAGAGCUGGCAGCAUCGGGUGACCGGGGGAUGAGCCCCCAGGAGAGUUCUGUCCAACCUUUGCAAUUGCUCCUGUUGGUGGGGAUCCCCGUGGCCAGUGCUUUCCUUCUACUUCAGUGCCUUCGAUCGCACUGUUCUCAGUGGCUGCCGAGGGCCUCCCGGAAGCCAGAUGACCAAGAAGAACCAGUCUCCCCACCCACCCCGUUACCAGAAUACGAGCUCCCGAGGCAGUGCCCACCUUCGACGCUACCGGAGGUGGCUUCGUUCUACCAGGAACUCCACACGCCCACCCGGGGCCAGACUGUCACCCGCCAGCUGAUGCACAAGCUCCUGGUGUUUACUGCUCGAGAGGUGGACCACCGGGGUGGAUGCCUGAUGCUGCAAGACACUGGCAUUUCCCUGCUCGUCCCUCCAGGUGCUGUCAUGGUGGGUCGCCAGGAGAGGGUGUCCUUGGCUCUGGUCUGGGACCUGACAGAUGCCCCGUCAUUGUCUCACCGACAGGGACUAGUGAGUCCUGUGGUGGCAUGUGGCCCUCAUGGAGCCUCUUUCCUGAAGCCGUGCACCCUCACAUUCAAGCACUGUGCCCAGCAGCUCAGUCAGGCCUGUGUCUACACCAGCAAUACUUCCUUGCUUGAUGCCAAGGUCUGGAGGCCUCUGGGUCGGCCAGGGGCUCACAUCUCCAGGGAUGAGUGCCACAUCCUGCUCUCUCACUUCAGCCUCUACACUUGUGUCCUGGAGGCGUCCCUGGGCCAGGCAGCCCGCAAGUGGCUGCAGCUAGCCAUGUUCUGCUCCCCACUGGCACCGGGACAGACCCACCUGCAGCUGCGCGUCUACUUCCUGAACAAUACGCCGUGCGCCCUGCAGUGGGCUAUCACCAAUGAACAGCCUCACGGAGGACGCAUGCGUGGGCCCUGCCAGCUCUUUGACUUCACUGGGGCCAGGGCGGACCAGUGCCUGAAGCUCAAGUACAUCUCUGAGGGUUGGGAAAAUGUGGAUGACAGUAGUAGCCAGCUGGUUCCCCACCUUCACAUCUGGCAUGGAAAGUGCCCCUUCCGUUCUUUCUGCUUCCGGAGAAAGGCAGCCAAUGAGAAUGAAGACUGCUCGGCAUUGACCAAUGAGAUCAUUGUCACCAUGCACACCUUCCAGAAUGGCCUGGAAACCAAAUACAUGGAAAUCCUCAGAUUCCAGGCAUCAGAGGAGGAGACCUGGGCGGCACCACCUCCUGCCUCUCAGCCACCCUUGUGCAAUAGGCUGCCCCCGGAGCUGUUUGAGCAGCUACAGAUGUUGUUGGAGCCUGCCAGUGUUACUGGGAAUGACUGGCGAAGGCUGGCCUCACACCUGGGGCUCUGUGGCAUGAAAAUCCGGUUCUUGUCCUGUCAGCGCAGCCCCGCCGCGGCCAUUCUGGAGUUGUUUGAGGAACAGAAUGGCAGCCUGCAGGAGCUACACUACCUCAUGACCUCCAUGGAGCGGUUGGACUGCGCCUCUGCCAUCCAGAACUACCUGAACCGGACUCCUCGGGGCAGCUCUGCCACGAUGCACGGAGGCACCUGGGAGAACGAUGGCCUAGAGCUGGAUGAGAAACUCUAAGCAUGCCCCGUGGCCACGCAGGGUGCUUCAGGAGGCCAUGCUUGCCUAUGAGCUCAGGAACAAUGCCGCAGACUCCGGUGGACCGAACUAGAAACCCCGUCGAGGCCUGAUGUCCUUGACAUCUGCCGCGCCUCAAUCAGCACAGCUCUCCAUCCUGCCAGCCAACUUUGUCCCGAGUGCAGGCUCCCUCCUGGUCGGUAGGGGGCGCGGGAGUCUGGGAGAUGGUGACAGCCAAGCCGGCUACCAGAAUAACUUUAAUUUUCCCAGUGAAUGGCCAGGUGGCCCUGCAGGCACACCUCAGAGGCCGCCCAGUCCACAAGAAUUCACGGAGCACCGAGUCUUAGCACUAAAAACUGGGAUUAUGAGGAAUGCCGGCUUCUCCGAACUUGCCCUGGAGUCUGUCGUGCUGAAUGGAGCCGCACUCACUGCCAGCUCAGAGAAACGUUCUAAGGACUGGGCCCCUGUUGGUUAGGGGAUCCAGUGCCUGUGGACCUGUGUUAGGAGGCAGGGCACUGAGGUCCGCUGGAGCCAAGAGAAGUCUCCAGAGGGGAUCUUGCGGGGAGAUCUUUGGAUAGGGGUUGGGGGAGAGGGUGGGUGUGCAGGGUACGCCCAGGGUGAGUGUGUUGGGAUGGGUGGCAGCGGGUUCAAGGCCAGAUCUAGAGACAGCUGGACAUAGCUACUGUCCGUGGCCUCCUCUUCAUCUCUUCACAUGCAGUUUAUACCUUGCCUUCCUUCUCUGCUGCUGUCUCUCUCAUCACACAGGAGGCAGAGAAGCUUCAGGAUGCCCAGCCAUAUGUUUCUUUACCUCCAGUGGAGAGUGUUAAGGCUCUGGCGCCCUCUUCCUGCUGUUGCCCCACCUCAGGGUCAGCCUCAUCCUGUUGAUCGGGCCUUCAUUGCUUUGUCUCUAUCUAGUUAUGGAAACCCAUCUUUGUGUUUCUUUCUCUAUUAAAAAACCAAAUCCCCAGUCAUUCCCUCAGGCAAGUGUCUCCGAACUAAUGCUGUGUAUCAAGGCUACUGAACGCCUCAGCUAUUCCUGGAGUGAAUGGGUGAGAUGUUUCCCUCACAGAUCAAGAGCUCCUUUAGAGUCAGGAAGUAAAGACCAGGGGUUAAAGGACACUCCAUCCAGGCAGCUGUUCUGGCUGUUAAUACUCUUGCUUACCAAUAGUUUCCUUGAUUUCCUUGAUUCCUGCUCAAAGGCAGACAGUCUCUCUGGAAACACUAACAAUUUACUUCCGUUUUUAUUUAAAAUAUUGGUACUUUUUAAUGGUGAGCAAUAUUAAUUAGUAAAACAAAAUGCCUUUCUUUAUAACUAACUAACUGUUUUGCUAAGAUGAUAAGUUUGGACAUAGACAUGAAGUUUUCAUUUGCAGUUAUCUUGUGUGUGGAUAUGUGUGUGUGUGUGAGUACAUACAUACAUACAUACAUACAUACAUACAUACAGUGGAGGGUAGAAGAAGCACUUGGAUUCCCCUGGAGCUGGAGUUACAGGAGGUUGUGACUCAUUUGACCUGGGUGCUGGGAACUGAAGUCCAGUCCUCUGCGAGAGCAGUGUGAGACCGAAACCACUGAGCAGACUCCAGUCCUUGCUCACUUUGGAUCAUAAAAUUACACGGAUGAGCAUUUUGCAGUUUGAACUUUGGUAACUUGAGUGGCUCAUUUCCUCUUUCUUGAAGCAAGCUUUCAGAUUUGGGCCCUUAUGUUUCCACCUUGUUCUUUAAGCGUCACUUGUCCCCUUCUGCCCUUCUUUUCCCUUCUCCCCACAUCACUGCUGCUCUGUCCAGGUUGGUGCCUUGGCUCAGCAUUGGCCAUUGAAGGGCACUUUCUUCCCUCCUGAAGUUCCUUUUCUGCCCUGCAGGCCAAUCAAAGGCAUUGUUGGAGUCCUUUCUGGAACAAUUGAUUUUAUAUAGCAGACUAAAGCCACAGGGGUUACAGGAGAGGGGGAUCAUGGGAGUUCUGAUAUCCAUCAUGGGACAGAAUGCUUUCUGGCUUGUGUUGGGGUUGCUAGAAGAGCAGAGCUGAUGGGAUAUAUAUACUUUAAAAGAGUGUUCAUUGGAUUGGCUUACAAAUAUCAGAAAAACUCAACAUGGCUGUCUUUACACCAAAGAGACCGAGAACCCGGUAGUUGUUUAGUGCACAUGGCCGGGUUCCUUAGCAGUCCCAAUUUGUGCCAAAAGUCUAGAGGAUUCCUGGACAGCCAUUCCUGGACAGUCUUCAGUCCACCCCGGAAGGCUGAAGAAGGGCAGGGGGAACCAGGGUUUUGACGCCAGGAAGAGCUGCAGCCGCCACAGCAGCAACAAAGUUGAUAAACCUGCCAGCCAGAGUGAGUGCAAGGAGGCCGAAGGCAGAGCUUUUUCUCUUGGUUUUUCUUUUUAUCUGGGCUACUACUGGAAGGUGCACCCCCACAACAUGUGGGAGGGUCUUUCCACGUCAAAUAAGAAAAUCAAAACCAACCCCUCACGGGUGUGGCCAAGGCUCACCUUUGAGUUGAUUCCAGAUCCAGUCAAGUUGGCAACCAAGAUUAGUCAAUCACAGGCUGCCCAGGCCAGUUUCUCAGCAUGAGUUUCUAGGGCAGGAAAAAAGGUGCUUGCACAUCCUGGGACAGGUGCAGGCUGCGUGGUUCCUAUAGGGAGGACCAGCUCUCACCUGGCCAGUACAUAUUUCCGGCAGCUAAAGUCAAGAGAGGAUGUGUCCUAAUGUGUAUCAGAAGAUUUAAUGCUUAGCCCCCAAUUUUGGGCUUGAUUUGAAUGGGGCCUUUUUCACCCCUGGAGCAAAGCAAUAAUAGAAGAGGUUUGCCAAGGGCUGUUGAGCCCACAGGCUGGACAGUAAUGUCACAAUGCCACCCAGUCAUAUGGAGAUUUUUUUCCCCCAAUGUGUAUUGACUUUGACUGAAACCAUUUGGGUGACUGCUUUGGGCUUCACUUCCAGCCCUUUCCCUAAUAGGUCACUUGUCUGGUCCUGAGAAACAGAAGUAGGACUCUUGUCAUGAGUGUCAUGGAGGCCUUGUCUUAUCUUGCUCCUGUUGGGUUAGAGUCUGGCCACGGGUAGGGGGACUCCAAGGGUGAGGUGGAAUUGGAGCCUCCAGGGCUCACAGGCAAGCCCAUCUCCGUAUUCAUUCAGGACACCCUGAGGUCCACAUCUGUGCCAUCCAAGUGAAACACAAUGAGAGCCACAUGCACAAAUUCAUGUCUUCUAAGAGUCACAUCAAAAAGGUAAAAAGAGAGAUGCUGAGAAUGGCUCAGAGAUGCUUGCUGUCAAGCCUGAGUUCAAUACUGAGGACCUGCCUGGUGGGAAGAGUGAACAGAUUCCUGCAGGUUUUCCUCUGACCUCCACACACUCAUUAUGGCACAAAUGUGACUCCCUGCUCCCAAAUAAAUGUAAUAAAAAUUUUUAAAGUAGAAGUUUAAAGUAAAAAGAGACAUGUGACCUCAACUUGGAUAAUAUAUUUUGUUAAAUUUAAUAUAUCCAGAACGUUAAUAUUUCCACAUGCAAGCAUUUAAAAAUUAAUGACAUAUUUAAACAAUUUUAAACUUUACUAUUUUUAAUUAAUGUGUGUGUGUGUGUGUGUGUGUGUAAGAGCACAAAGGUGUGUGUAUGGGAUCAGAGGACAGCUUCUGAGAACUGUUUUUUUCCUUUCACUGAAGCCUUGAACUCAGGUUGUCAGCCUUAUGCAGCAAGCAUUUCAUUUGCUGAGCCACCUCACUGGCCUCAUUUAUUAUUAUUAUUAUUAUUAUUAUUAUUAUUAUUAUUAUUAUUAUUAUUAUUAUUGCCGUGUCAUUGCUAUGUGUGAUAGGUGUGUGCUUAUGUGGAGCCCAGAAGGAACUCUGGGGGGCUGGUUGGUUCUCUUUUCCCACCUUUACGUGAAUUCCAGGUACUGCACUCAGGUCUCUAAGCUUUAAGAUAAGAACCUCUACUUAGGAAGCUGCCUCACUGGCCCAUUGGCAUAUUUCAAGUUAUUUUUCAUAUUAAAUGUCUGGAAUCUGUGAUACA